AGGGGCGCAUGGGCCGUUACUGCGGCGCUAGUGUGUGACACAGUGUAUUCGUUUUUGUUUUGAGGGCAUUGGUCACACACCUACACACCUACACACGCUCUCAGGCACACAUACAUGCCUCGUUGCAUGGAGUGUGAUUCUCCUUCGCAUUACAGCGCACAGCUCCCUUUUUUCUUUCCUCCUCAUUCACCUCCUGCGUAGACCUUUGCCCUCUCCCGAUGUCCUCUGCUAUCACGCUCGUGGGCAAUCAGCAGGUGAUCGCGCUGACAACACGGCUCAUCAUCGGCAUACGACUGCAGGGCACCAUCGGCUACAUCGACCCACGAAGCCCUUGCAUCAUCAAGCCACGGCCGUACCUCGCCUACUUCGCCGAGACGCUGCGUCGGCUGCAUUGUGAUGUGACGCUCUUUGUUCCGACGAACGAGGAGCACGACCGUGCGAUGAUGAACUGCUUUCACGAACGCGACUUCCCCACCCCGUUUCAUUACAUCCACGACCACUCCAAGUUUGUCGGUGUCGGCGCUGGGCGGGGCAACCGCAAGAAGGGCAUCGCCCCUAACAACUACACAGAGUACUUACGUAUUAAAGCGAACGCCGUCAACGCUACCGGGCAGGCAACGGAUCGUAUUCUCUUUAUCGACUCCGAGGUGAACUAUCGCUUUACCCCGGUCCAGACGCUCGUCUUGGACAGCUACGAGCCCCUCACACGGCGACAACAGCGGGAGUUGAUGAAGGCGCAGCACGGCAACCCCUUCGGCGACGUCUCUUCGCAGCGAGCACGGCGCAUCGCCGCAGCGGCGGCAAAGGCAACGGGCAACACCGUGCGUCACCGUGCCGUGGUGCACGCCCAACACCUGCAGGAAGCACUAGACAAGAACCAAUCGAGCACGGAGAUGCUGCGGUUGGAGCAGGCGGGGGUGCCGUUGGUGGACCCCCAAGACGAUACGGACACGCUGGCCGCGCGUGGAAAGCGGCCGCGCACACCACUGCGGCCUGGUGGGACGCAGACAGCGGACAGAAGCGGCCGUGACCCACGUGGCCGUAUCGCCGGCGCCGACGUACAGGACAGUAGCUCAAGCACCACCGCAACAGACAGCGAAGCAUCUGCGGAGACGAGCAUGUCGCGCGCCUUGGCAAUCAAUCUGGAGGACUACAGCCUCGUAGCGCUGUCGGAGAUGAUUGCGGAGAUGGCGGCCAGUGACGUGAGCGUGGCGGAGUACCUCAGGAUGGAGCCGCUCAUCGAGAAGGUCGAGGUGCCGUUUCACGGCAAGGCGAAUUACCUUCCGCCGGAGAACUGCGACAACAUCGACUUGCUCAACUGGGAUGAGAUUAAGGUGAUGGAGAAGAAGGCGCGGGACACGGGCGAGCCGGAGACGGUGGAGGAGACCGCCGCGCACAAGGACUUCUUCCAGUAA